AUGGCUGCCCCGCAGAAGGAUCCGUCAUUGAAGCAGGCAAUGGGAAACAAAAUACUCGCUGACACCGUAGUUACCACGAGCCCCAGCGCUGAAAUGAACAUUGAGGUAUGUCCCUUCAUUGCAUUUCAUGUCCCAGAAGAUUCUCCUGCUCAUCAUCCGAAGGUCAACACAUCCCAAGCAAGCUCAAUUCGACCGACCCAUGGUCAAUAUGAGGGAACCAAUUCGGAAACUUCAAUUCCGCCAGCCUCGCAACCACCGAUUCGCCCUAGUAAUCGCUAUCGAGUAUCUAAGCCUCGUCAACAAUACCAGAAGGAUGACGGACCUGCUCGAAAGCAUUCUUUUCCUGGCAAGCCAGGCUCCAAUCCGCCAUCUGAAGAAAAACUUUUCGAGCUUCUCAUUCGGAGAAUCAGGCAGCGUGAAGAGCAAGAAACUGCAACAGUCGAGCUUCAGUGUCUGAUGGAAGAACAGAACCUUCGGUUGAAAGAUGAGAAUGAAAUCCUGAAGCAACAAUUGGAAGCGAAUCAUGAGAAGCUACAAAAAUCAGUUGCAGAGUCGAAGGAUCGUCGGGCCCAGAUGGACCACUGGAAAGAAAAACUUCGUAAAUUCAAGGAAGUGGUCAAUGACUUGGGUAAAGAGCAUGAGAUUCUCCGCGACGAGUCAAACAAAUUCAAAGCCACCAUUGAGUCGCUUGAUAAAGAAAAGUCCGGCCUUCUGCACUCAAUUGAUGGCAUUCGGGUUCAAACAGCGCGGGCAGAAGGUAUCAUCGAUGAACAGAAACUUCAACUCUCAGAGAGUGAGACUCGUGCUGCUGUUCUUCGACAAAGCCUAGAGUCUGCGAAGGAUUUGAGGGACCUGAGCCAGUCGGAGUUGGCCAAAGAGAAAAAACGAUCUGCCACCCUGGAGCUCUAUGUGCAAAAUUAUGCUCGAAGUCAGACCCGACAAUUAAUUCUGAUCAGAGAAGAUCAGCGCAAGUUGAUAGAGAGUGUCAGCUCGGGGAUCCAGUCUCUUUCUGCGGAAUCAAAUGCCUCCAAAGAUGCACUUCUAUCGGAGGUCAGAACAUGUGCCGAUCAACUUUGCACAUGGGUUGAAACAUUGAGUGACAAAUGUACCGCUGAGAGGAUGGAAGUCCAAGAUUUCACAAAUACCGUGCAUGAUGCAGUUUCUCGGUAA